AUGGUCGCCUGCGUGCUCCAGUGGGACGUGCUCGCUCCCCAAGCACUGACCAACGGCCUGGCUGCCGAGAGAGGCUUGACCGUCGUCGUCACCGGCGCCAACAGCGGGCUCGGACUCGCGUCGGCUCGAGCGCUGCGCGGCGUCGGAGCCACCGUCAUCCUGGGCUGCCGCUCCGAGGAGCGCUGCGCCGCCGCCGCGGCGCUGGUCAAUGCGGACGAGCCCAGGGAUGCGCCCACCGCGCGUGCCGUUGCGGGGCUGGAGCUCUCGUCGCUGAAAAGCGUCCGGCGGUGGGCGCGUCGGGUGCGAGGCCUCACGCGGCGUGCGGCGCGGCGCGGCAAGCUGGUGCUCGUCGCCAACGCGGGAAUGCCAAACAACGGCGCGCAUGGCAAAACGACGGACGAGGGCCUACAGUUGCUGACAGGCUGCAUGUACGUCUCGCACCACGUCCUCGUCAAGGCGCUCCAGCCGACGCGAGUUGUGCACGCCAGCUCCGACACUCAUCACCUGUGCUCGCUCCCGCUGCCCCCGCUUGUGAGUCCCUGCCUCAGCAACGACUUUUUCAAGCCGGGGGCGCCCUCGCCCACUGCGCUCGAGUCGUCCGACCUUAUGGACUACUCGCGCAGCAAGCUGCUCCUGACGCUGCACGCCCGCGCGAUGGCCGAGAACGGCUUCGUGAGCCGGGCGUACGCCGUCUCGUACCCGUGGGUCCAGACCAACAUCCAGCCCUUCAUGCGGGCCCUCGACUGGAGCCGGUUGGGCCUGAUGGCCUCGGCCGCCACCGCGGUGGCGCCGCUGCUCGUCGCGUGCGUUGCGUCAGCCGAGAGACUCGACCAGUUGGGACCCAACGGUGGGGUCUUCCUGUCGGGGCAGCUAGAGCUGCGUCAGGCGCUGGACUUGCCUGGCUUCCGCGGGCUCAACGCGAGUUCGCUCGCUCGCUCGCUGUGGCGGGACACGGAGUCACUGCUAGCCGCCCUCCCUGAGAAAUAG